AUGAAUAUGCUCACAGAUCCGGCUGGAGGCGUCCCUCCACAACUUCUGCCUCAUCUACAUUUGCUUUCAAAGAAUCGAUAUCCCGUCGCAAGCAACCCAUCCCUCGAAACCAUUGUUGGCUACCUUUUGGAGGCCCCAAAGGUGGUGCGCGAAAUUCAGCCAGUUCAAUGGCAGAUGAUCGAGACUCCUCAAGACGGUACCCUUAUGCUCACGUGGCAACCGAGUGAAGCGUUGGGAACGACGUUCGCCAGUGAUGGAUACAUAUGGGCGGAUGCAGAACACAGAUUCACUUCUGAAGUCAGGGGAUAUACGCUCGAAAUUUAUGUGCAGAGAUCGGGUUAUCGAGCAUCCGGUGAAGCGAUGGCAUCUCACAGCAGAAAACGAUACCGACUUGUCGCGGGACCUCCUAACCAUGGAACUGUCGAUCCCAGUCUGUGGCUUACGCACUACUCCAAGGCUUCGUCUCGAGAUCAUGUUCCUGCGGCGUCAAUUCCCAUCACACCAUUCGUUCAGGCUCAGAUUCAGCAGAGAAGAUUAAUCCAGAGCCAAGGACAACUUCCCCGUAAAGAGUUCAUGUUACACGACCGCUCAAAUUGGCCCAUCAUACAUCUCCCACCGGGUAUGGCACGGGCUGGUGUUCCUGGCCAAGCGCGCAGAGCCGGGAGUAUUGGGGGAGAAGCUACUCUGGAAGAGGAAGAAGAUGUUUCUCGAGGAGAUUUGCUCGACUUUAUGACUCCAAGAGAUAUCAGUCGAUAUCGUUAUGAACAACAUCAUGAAUGGAUGGAGGAAAUCCUCGAAUCACCUUACCCUACUCUCGCCAUUGUGCCUAGCGAUUUAGGGCUUGGACGAAAGGGAGCCUUGGAGGAACUGACGAAGGACUUUUUCGAUGCCCCUUUAUCUGCCGCUCAUGAGCCCAGUGCCGGGCCACCCGCACGUGUAGGUAGACUGCCACCGGGACAAGUCGAAGAAUUUACGAACCGAGCGACGAAGAAACUGGCUGAGAUGCAAGAAGAGCUCGAGAAGAUGAAGAAACGGCAUGCGCGGAGAAUGGCCAAACUGCAGCAAUCAAUGGCUCUGGCAACCGCUGAAAAGAAACUACGGACGGUGCCCAACGUGCCGGAACGGCGAAGUUCCACCACUAGCAAAGCCGACGGGUCGGAAGAGACACCCCGUGGUGCGAUUGAACAGAUUGUUCAUUCUGUUGAAGAAGUAACUGGCAUGAAGGUGGCACGAGCUAGCGUUGUUACCGUUGUGUCUAAAGGCGGCCUCACCGAACUCUCCAAGCCUGCACCUAGCACGGCAGCGCAGGUCACCAGCCCAGACAAGGACGCAGCUCAACCUGGAGAGAUGACAGAUACACCGCAAGCGCAACAGCAAGGAACCGCCGCCAAAGUGGAGACCAACAACACAUCUACGUUGGCACAACCGCAACAGAAUGUCUCGUUACCUACCGCAGCUGCUCAAACUCAGCCUCCAGCCGUGCAGCCAGAGCCAGAGAAAGGAGAUGGUGCCAAAGCUGAAGCAGCUGGCCAUGAUGUGCCGAUGGGUGACUUGGGAAUGGAUGUGCCUAUGGGAGGCCUGGACGGCGCUGAAGGAACUGGAAAUGAGAACCAAGACAACAGCGAAUGGGUCAUGGUUGAUCAAGACGACGGUGGUGAGUCGGGCAAUGUGGAAAUACCUGAGACUACGAACGAGGCACAACUUCCUCGACCAGACCAGACGACCACGGACAGCACCACGAAGCCGGUUGAUCAACCAGAUACCGCUCCAACUCAAGUACCUGUACAGUCCGCCCCGAACAGUGGACUCAACACUCCUGAUUUCGACAUGGGCGGAGACUUCGACAAUGUCGAGGUAGACACUGCCGGAGAUGCGCUUGCCAGUUAUGACAAUGACGGGGAUGAUUUGAAUUUGGACAGCAUGGAGGGCUCGGCGUUUGGGGAUGCAUUUCAUCCUCCAGAAGAUGAGGAUAUGUCUUGA